AUGACGUCAACGGCACCGAAAGUCGGCUCAGGUCAGGGUACACCACCACGGAACAUGCUGGAUGGCUUCGCGUCUCCCUCGGACGCGCGGCUCUUCAUCCAAGAGAAUGUCUACAUCAUUCUGGGCCACGGGUGGUUUCAGCGGAUGGUGCUGAUUUGCUCCGUGCUCUCCCUCACAGUGCUGCUGCUGCAAGCGUUCGCCUACCGGCUCAUCGGUCGCCCCGUCGAGCACUGGUGCCAUCCGCCUGAGGAACUUGUGUACAUGCCCCUCCAGGAGUGGAAGAACGUGGCAAUACCUAUCUUGCCGGACGGCAAACUCAGCCAAUGCACCGUCUACGAACCACCGGUGCCGGGAGAAGACGGAAACGAGCGCCAAGUAGUGUCCUGUCACCGAUGGGACUACGCCAGUGACAGACAGGGAGACAGCAUCGUCAGCGCCUGGAACCUUGUGUGCGGCCGUCGCUGGCUCUACACGUUCUCGACAUCCGCGUACAUGGUAGGCGCGAUGGUGAUCGUGCCUCUGGCCGGCAUCGCGUCCGACCGCCAGGGCCGCAGGCCCACUAUCCUCCUUUGCUCCUUCACCAUGCUGCUCGCCACUGUGGCCGCCGGCUCGUCGCAAGUCUUCACCAUGUUCCUCUUGGCACGCUGUCUCGUUGCCGGCACGUCCAGCGCCACCAACCUCCUGGUCUUCAUCGUGCUAUACGAGGUUACAGGCAACGAACAUCGCACCCUCUAUAGCAUCCUGGCUGCGAGCGUCGGUUCGGCGUUGGCGACGCCGCUGCUCUCCGUCGUGGCGCUGGCCGAUCCGCGUUGGGGGCUGUCGCACGCGUUCUUCGUGACUGCCACGGCUAUAGUGGCCGUUUGGUGCUACUGGAUCCAGGAAUCCCCAGUCUGGCUCAUCGAUACGCGCCGAGUUCGGCUCGCCGAGCGUGUCAUACUGUACGCGGCCGCGCAAAAUGGCAUAGAUCUGACGAAAGCCAAGGCCACGUUCAAGGCACUCAAGCAGCAGCUGAAAAAGCGAGACUUCACGACCCCGACCGUCAGCAUCGGCACGGGCAGCAGCGCAUCGACGUUUAGCCGACGAGCAGCGUCCGUCCUCAUUUCAUGGUUCGGCGUGAGUUUUGCUUUCUUCGGAACCGGCCUCCGCGAGAAGACAAUCGGUAGCCAUUGGGCCGUGGCCGCAUUCGCGCUGCAAGUGCUGCUGCUCCUAUUCGUCUACAACGUCAUCACGAAGUGGGGCCAACGGAACGCGUUGUCCAUGCUGCUGGCAUUGCUUUGCUUGUCCAGCGCCCUGUGCGCCGUCUUUCACACUCUGAACAUGACAUUCCCCUGGACAGCGCUUGCGAGGCUCGUAGUGGACACCAGCGCAUCCGUCGCAAUGACCAUCAAUUAUUGCUACACGACGGAGGUGUUCCCCACCACAAUACGCAGCAUGGGGUUGUGCGUGUCGUACGCGGUUGGGCGAGCUGGCGCACUGCUGGCCACGUUUCUAGACUCGCUGACUGCCGACAACUUCGUGAUGUUCGACGUCGUCCUGACGCUACUGGUGUUCGCCAGUUGCACGGCCAUUCAGUGGCUCCCCGAAAUAUUCGUGCAUAAGAAGAAGGCGGGACAAACCGCGCAGCCGGCCGCUAAAACCGAGCAGCAGCGAAAGGAGGCGCUGAAGGCGUCUCUAGGUCAGGGCACCGAACCUGUCGGCGCGAAGAGUAAAACUCGCAAGUCGCGUCGGAGGGCCACACAGUCCUCCGCGUCUACAGACGUGCGAAUCCCGUGUGGGACCACGUCUCCGGGAUUACCGUGCAGCCCGACUUCUGAAACUGUCACUUCGCCCCGCAACGCAAAGCACUCGAAAAGCAACAAGACCGGCGUAAGCAGUGAUGUUGCUUCGCCGCCUACGCCUCCACUAGGUCCCAUUUCCCAUUGA